CGCCGCGCCGCGCCGCGCCGUGCCGUGCCGUACCGUGCCGCUCCGCGUCGUGCCGCUCCGCUCCGCCCCGCCGCGCCCGCCGCGCCGCAGCCCCGCAGCCCGGCCGCCGCAGGGCCGGCGGGGAGCGAGCGGUAGCCGGCGGCAUGAGGCGCGACCCGGCGCCCGGCUUCUCCAUGCUGCUCUUCGGCGUUUCCCUCGCCUGCUACUCGCCCAGCCUCAAGUCGGUGCAGGACCAGGCGUACACGGCGGCGGUGGUGCUGGAGGGCAAGGUGCAGUCCGUGGGCCCCCCCGCCGGCGGCGGCAAUGACAGCCGCGGAGCCGCCGGUCCUGCCGGGGGGGUUUUGGUCAAGGUGCUCGACCUGUGGCCCCUCAACAGCGGCGGGCUGCAGCGGGAGCAGCUUAUCAGCGUGGGCUCCAAGGCGCCCUGCUUCAAAGUGAAGCGCAACCACCGCUACAUCUUCUUCCUGGAGCCCACCGAGGAGCCGCUCGUUUUCCGCACCGCCUUCGCUCCGCUCGACACCAGCGGCAAGAACCUCAAGCGGGACGUGGCGCGGAUCCUCUGCGCCGACUGCGCUGUCCCUCCCAAGCUGAAGAAGCUGAAAAGCCCAAACGUUCAUGUUGGUGAUAAGAUUUCACUGAAAUGUGAGGCGACUGCUGGAAACCCUCAGCCGUCCUACAAAUGGUUUAAAGAUGGCAAAGAGCUGAAGAAAAGCAAAGACAUCCGGAUCAAGUAUGGGAAUGGGAAAAAGAUUUCCAGACUGCAGUUCAACAAGGUGAAGCUGGAAGAUGCUGGGGAGUACAGCUGUGAAGCGGAGAACGUUUUAGGGAAAGACACCGCAAAAGGCAGCCUGAAUGUGAAAAGUGUAACCACAACUCUCUCCUCCUGGUCCGGGCAUGCUAGAAAAUGCAACGAAACAGCCAAGUCCUAUUGUGUCAAUGGUGGGGUAUGCUACUACAUCGAGGGGAUUAAUCAGCUGUCUUGCAAGUGUCCGAUCGAAUUCACAGGAGACCGGUGUCAGCAUUUCGCAAUGGUCAGCUUCUCCAAGCAUCUUGGAUUUGAAUUAAAGGAAGCGGAAGAGCUCUACCAGAAGAGAGUUUUAACCAUCACGGGAAUCUGUGUUGCCUUGCUUGUGGUGGGCAUCGUCUGUGUGGUAGCUUAUUGUAAAACCAAGAAACAAAGAAAACAAAUGCAUAAUCAUUUACGUCAGAACAUGUGCCCUGCCCAUCAGAACAGGAGCCUUGCGAACGGACCGAGCCAUCCACGUUUGGAUCCCGAGGAAAUCCAAAUGGCCGAUUAUAUCUCCAAGAAUGUUUCUGCCACCGAGCAUGUGAUUCGAAGGGAAACAGAGACAACCUUUUCAGGAAGUCACUCCUGCUCCCCAUCUCAUCACUGCUCCACAGCCACUCCAACGUCCAGCCAGAGACAUGAAAGCCACACCUGGAGCUUGGAGCGGACGGAGAGUCUGACUUCAGAUUCCCAGUCUGGGAUAAUGCUGUCCUCGGUGGGAACCAGUAAAUGCAACAGCCCUGCGUGCGUGGAGGCACGGGCUCGCCGCGGGGCCACCUUCUGCAUUGAGGACUCACGGAGGCCCAUGACACAGUAUCGUGACUCGGUGGAUUCUCUGCGGGACUCACCACACAGCGAGAGGUACGUGUCGGCGCUGACCACACCAGCACGCCUGUCGCCUGUCGACUUCCACUACUCAAUGGCCGCGCAGGUGCCCACCUUCGAGAUCACGUCCCCCAACUCGGCGCACGCUGUCUCCCUGCCGCCGGCGGCCCCCAUCAGCUUCCGCGUGGAGGAGCAGCAGCCCCUGCUGCGGCGGUACCAGCUCCCCUUCCAGGACACGCAGCGGUACGACAGCUACUACCAAAGGAAGACCUACCUAAACGACAGCAUGGGGAGCCUGCCCUCCAGCCCCUUCCGCAUCACAGAGGACGAUGAGUACGAGACGACGCAGGAGUACGUCACAGCGCUAGAGCAGCCAAAGAAAACAGCCAGCAGCAACAGGCGGUGGAAAAAAUCCAAACUGAACGGGCACAUCCCUCACAGAGCCAGAGCCGUCCGGGACUCCUUCUCCUUGAGCAGCGCCUCUUACAGUGAGUCUGACGAGGAGCUGGUGGCCGAGAGCACGCCAUUCCUAAGCACUCAGAACAAUGAGGUGGUGCACACAGGGUCGCCGCCGCUGCACCGGCCGGGUGACAGCCGGACUCACUACUCCUGCAGCAGGCACAGCGCGCCCGGGGAGAGCGGGCGCAGCAGCCUGGCGCACACGACGCCCAAACCCGACCCGGAUCCUCUCUAGGCACCUCUCAGACUUGUGCACCCGCAGACGUGAGCUGUACGGAGGAGGCCAAGGAGGGGAGAUGAGACAAAACAAAGAUAAAUAUUUUUAUUUUAUAUAAAAGAAGGGGGAAAAAAAAAAUUAUAACAAAUAAAAUGUUUUAUUUUCAUUUUAGCAAAGUUGUCUUAUAAUAGCUAACGACAAUGACUUUUUUAUAAGGAAUCUCUAUUUAUAUGUAAUGUCUUGAUUUACAGCUUCCAAUAAAAAAAAAAAAAGUUUAAAAAAAAAAAAAAGAAAACAAUAAAGUUAAAAAAAAAGUGGGCCAAUUUUUGACUACUUAAAAAUAGAAAAACAAAACUAUCGUGGUGCCUUUUGCUGUAUGCUAGUGCUGGGAUUCAUGCCGAGGAUUCUGUUUCAGUAGCAUUUUCUAAGAUCAUAGAUUUUUGUUUGGGAGACAACCUGUCACAAGGGCGCUCUUCCGUUGGAAGAAAGCAGCCUCGCCACUUUGCCCUGUACCCUGCUAUUAAUGAUCUUAUUCUUUAAGGUAUUGUUUAAACACACAUCAAGGACAUGAGUGGGAGCAUUGCCAUUAUCAUGUCUAAUGGGGAUCUGUCUUGCCCUGUAAAAUACUUGUAUUUUCACUUAAAUCAGGAGAAAAAGAAAGCCAACAGCACCAUACUGGAAUGGAGAAGUGAUGCUUCUUUUGCCACACAGGUAGGGAGAGAAAAUACAGUCGCGCAGCAGCAGCAGCCCUUACAGGAUAUCUCUCAGCCUUUGGCCAUUUCACCUGUGGGUCUCAAGUUGGGUUGGCACAGGUUUGUAGUCAGACAAGGCAGAUGCCCAUGUGAACAUGGUGAGAUAAUGCCCCGUCGUGUAAGGUUGAGCCCAGUUCACUGCCCUGGCAGGCAGACGGCACGGUGUGGUGAUCCCAACAGAGCGGUGGUGCUGUACUGGUGCCGUGCCGACCACAGCAUUGCCUUCAUGGAGUGGUGUAGCUGCAGCGUGGUGUUGCCAUAGGGCUGCCAAGGCUGUGGUGUCCCAGACACCAUGGUUCAGGUGGUUCUGGGAGGAUACGUGGAAGUGGCCCCAUGGUGCAGCACGGCCAAGGCUCGCCCUGGUUGCCAUGCCAGCCCACUGCCAGCCGUGCUGCCUGGGGUUUGGCAGGAGCCAAAGCUCUGCUUGUCACCCCUGUGCUGGCCGGAUGGGCCCCGCAUGGGGCAGCCCAGCAAGCGGAUUCCUCUGUGCUGUGUGCUGUAAAGACAGUUGUUAUCGUCACAUCUUGCCACCAGUGAUGGACGUCGUGUUUCCAAGCUUGGAGCAGCUCUGGCCAUCGGCUCUGUGGUGCAAAGAGACAGUCCUGCGUGUCCAGGCAGCAGAGCAUCCCCAUGGAAGUGCCCCUCUCUCCUCAGUUCUCUGCAGCAAACCUGUUUACAUUGUAGCCUGACUUUUUUCUUUUUAUAUUUUUACUUCUGCAUGUCCUUUGCAUUUCAGAUACUGUAGAUUGGAUGCAUGGUGAAGCUGUGACUGAGAAGAUAAUACAACAACUGACAGUGUAUUAUUUCAUUUAACUUUUAGCAAUAAAGUAACUAAACCCUCUAUUCCUCACCCAUGAUGAGGUCAGAUAUAGAAAACUCUGCUAAUUUGUCAUAAGAUGAUAGUCAAAGUUUGCUCUGGAUUGUCUGAAUGUCAGAACUCUCGACUGUUUAACACUUGAACAUUUUUUAUAUUAUAAAUAAAAUAAGAAAUAACAAGC